GAAAUACCAGUUGGUGUUCUGCUACACAAUUAUUGAGAGGAACAACAGGCAGUUCAUACCGGUUGUUCGCAGUGGCAGUGGGGGUGACCUUGUGCAGACGUGCACUAACCCGCUUGACAGUUUCUUCCCCUUCGAUCCCUACAUGCUCAAAAGAUCAAAGAAGACCAUCGAUCCUUUUUACCAGUUUUGGGAAGACCUGAGUGCUGAAGAUCUUGAGAAUCUGAAGAAACCCAUUAAAAAGGGUACUUCUGAAGAUGAAGAUGAUGACUUUUUGAAAGGAGAAACCCCUCAAAAUGAUGGUGUGGUUGGAAUUGUUCCAAAUUCUUAUGAGUCAAAUAUCCAGAGCCCAGAGAGCAGCAUUGGCUCCCCUCCAGACUGUUAUGUGCCGUACCCUCAAUGACAUGGAGAAUCAGAAGUGAAAAGGUUGAAAAUUGUGUGCAAUUUUUUGCUCUGUAAAGAGACUUCAGCUGAACUUUCAAACUGGCAAAUGUUUAAGUAACUACAUUUAAGAAAAAAUACUGUUUCUUAAUUAUCAGAUUUCUACAGAUACGUUAUGAUAAAGUCCUAUGUUGCUAGAAAAGCUUAGAGAAUAAAUAGGGUGAUAUUUUACAAA